AUGCAGCACUGGUGCGCGUGCGCCGUGUGGGUCAACGUGUCGCGCACGUCGCCCAUGUACGCGCGCGUCGCCGACGUGCUGGCAGACUAUAUCGACAGCCUCACUCUACAACAACGGUCUAAGUGCGCAAGACGUAAACUUCAAUCCAUAGUAACCGUGUUGCAGCGUACCGUUAACAAUCACCUUUUAAAAUAUGGAAUUGACGCGUCAGUUCUUACAAAUCCUACAUUCGAACCACCAAGAGCACCCAUGGAAUACUAUCAAGCACAGAUUAUAUUGAGUCCUGCUCACGCUGUGUUCGAAGGUACACUAACAUAUAAUACGAGGGCGGAUGCCUUCACGAUGUCAACUAACUACAUUUCUAGAAUAAGCACGUAA